AUGUCCGCUGUAAAUCCAGUAAAUCCAGUAAAUCCAGUACAUCCAGUAAAUCCAGUAAAUCCAGUACAUCCAGUAAAUCCAGUACAUCCAGUAAAUCCAGUACAUCUAGUAUCUCUAGUAUCUCCAGUAUCUCCAGUAAAUCCAGCACAUCCAGUAAAUCCAGUAAAUCCAGUACAUCCAGUAUCUCCAGUAAAUCCAGUACAUCCAGUACAUCCAGUACAUCCAAUGUCUCCAGUUAAUCCAGAACAUCCAGUCCAUCCAGUACAUCCAGUAUCUCCAGUAAAUCCAGUAAAUCCAGUACAUUAA